ACUAGAUGGUAAAUGCGGAACAUGUGGAGAUCCUUACGAUGCAACAGUUCGAGAAAACGAGGCCGGAGGAAUCUAUGCUACAGGAACGAUUGGUCGAACAUACACACGUGGACAAAUUAUUAAGGUUAAGAUAGUAUUAACAGCAUUCCAUCUGGGACACUUUCAAUUCAAAAUCUGUCCCCAUAAUAACCCUGCACUACCAGUCUCCAAAGAUUGCCUGGACCAGCAUCUACUCACUUUGGCGGGAUCAGACGAAAACACCUACACACCUGAUUACAGCUCGGACGGAGAGUACGAGAUAGAUCUCCAACUUCCGCCUGAUAUGGUGUGUUCACAGUGUAUUCUUCAGUGGACCUAUACCACGGGUAACUCUCCAGGAUAUCUACCGGAAAUGUUCGUCAACUGCGCCGAUAUCGCAAUAUCCCCCGAAGACAACAACAUAAUGGAACAAACAACUUUCACGUCAUCAACAAGUGACCUAACAACAACAACAACAACAACAACAACAACGCAGGCUGGUAUACUGUCCUGCUCCACUGGUAUCCUAAUGUGUGAAGGACAAAGCCCGGACGAUGAACACUUUUGCACCGAGCACUGUCGAAAGUCCACAGCCUCCUGCACACCAAUGCGGUGUAAAUGUCAGUGUCGACCUAUCGAGUGUAAAGCAAUUGGUCCUUUCGAGGGUCAAACCGCCAUGGAUAAGAGUUGUCAAACAACUUGCACCCUGACUUCUGACCUCUGCAGAACGACAAACAGUGAAAUUUGUUUUUGCAGUUCAACAGAGUAGUUUUCUUGACGAUCACGUGCAAUGUAGAUUUUUUUUAAACAUAGAUAUUGAUGUAAUUCGUUAUCAAAAUAUUAGAUCUAUAAAAUCAA